UUGGGCAAGUGAUGUAGCUACCACUCCUUUGCAUUAUUUCAAUCUCUUCUUCAUCCUCCCAACAAGCUCAACGAUGAACUAAAAACAUAGAAAUUCGAAACCAGAAAAAAAUUAAAAAAAUAAAAAGAAAAUGUUACAUAUUUCAACAAUGGAAAAUCUAAUUGUCCCAUGCAGCUCAAAAGCUCCCAUAGCAGCUAAACCAUCCGAAUUCUCACCAAUCCCCACCAAGUCAACCAUUCCUUUCUCCAAAGAAUCCAGUUCAAAGUACCCAGAUGUCCAUUUGAAUUACCUCUGCAAAAAUGGACGCCUCAGCGAGGCCAUUACAGCUCUAGACUCCAUUGCCCAACGUGGGUCCACGGUAAGACCUAAUACUUUUAUCAAUCUACUCCAGUCUUGCAUUGAUACAAAUUCUAUACACCUGGGUAGGAAGCUACAUGCUCGUAUCGGUCUGGUUGAGUCACCGAACCCUUUUGUCGAGACUAAGCUAGUCAGCAUGUAUGCGAAAUGUGGCUAUUUGGAUGAUGCCCGCAGGGUGUUCGAGCAAAUGCGCAAGAGGAACUUAUUCACUUGGUCUGCAAUUAUUGGUGCGUGCUGUAGAGAGCGAAGAUGGAGGGAGGUUGUGAAGCUUUUCUACUUGAUGAUGGAAGAUGGUGUCGUUCCUGAUCAUUUUUUGCUUCCUAAGAUAUUGCAGGCUUGUUGUCACUGCGGGGAUAUUAGGACAACAAAAUUGAUACAUUCUUUGGCCGUUCGCUGCGGUUUUAGUAGUUCAAUUCGUGUCAGUAAUUCAAUUUUAGCUGUGUAUGCGAGAUUCGGGGAACUGAGUUGGGCAAGGAGGCUUUUCGAAAACAUGGAUGAGAGGGACCGGGUGAGUUGGAAUGCAAUUAUAUCCGGGUAUUGCCAUCAGGGUCAGAGUGAAGAAGCUCAUAGGCUGCUUGACACUAUGACAAAGAUAGGGAUUGAACCGGGUUUGGUAACUUGGAAUAUAUUAAUUGCUAGUUACAACCAGUUAGGGUGUACUGAUGCCGCUAUGGAAUUGAUGAAGAAAAUGGAGAGUUUUGGGAUAAAUCCUGAUGUGUUUACUUGGACGUCUAUGAUCUCUGGGUUUGCUCAAAACAACAAGAGAAGCCAGGCGUUGGAUUUGUUCAGGGAGAUGCUUUUGGCAGGAGUAAAACCAAACGGGAUUACAAUUAUAAGUGCAGUUUCUGCGUGUGCAUCUCUAAGGUCGCUUCAAAAGGGGCUGGAAAUUCACUCUUAUGCCAUUAGGAUUGGUUUCAUUGUUGACAUGCUAGUUGGAAAUUCACUCAUUGACUUGUAUUCCAAGUGUGGGGAACUGGAAGAUGCUCGAAAAGUCUUUGAUAUAGUAAUAGAGAAGGAUAUCUACACUUGGAACUCGAUGAUUGGUGGAUAUUGCCAAGCUGGGUACUGUGGCAUGGCUUAUGAACUAUUCAUGAAAAUGCGGGAAUCAGAUGUACCUCCAAAUGUUAUCACAUGGAAUGCGAUGAUCUCAGGAUAUAUACAGAAUGGAGAUGAGGACGAAGCCAUAAAUCUCUUUCAAAGGAUGGAAAAGGACGGCAAAGUUAAGCGGAAUACAGCAUCUUGGAACUCUCUUAUUUCCGGCUACCUGCAGCUUGGUGAAAGAGACAAGGCACUUGGGAUAUUUCGACAAAUGCAGUCCUACCGUGUUAGUCCCAAUUCAGUUACUAUCUUGAGCGUCUUACCAGCUUGUUCAAAUUUAAUUGCAGCAAAUAAGGUAAAAGAGAUCCAUGGUUGUGUAUUUCGAAGAAACUUAGAGUCUGAACUCCCUGUUGCAAAUUCACUAAUAGACACUUAUGCAAAGUCAGGGAACAUGGAAUAUUCAAAAUCCAUAUUUGAUGGAUUGUCUUCUAAAGAUAUUAUAACUUGGAAUUCUGUUAUUGGUGGUAAUGUUUUGCAUGGUUGUCCGGAUGCUGCCCUUGAUCUAUUUGAUCAGUUGAGGAUUUUGAGACUCAAACCAAAUAGAGGUACCUUUGCUAGUCUUAUCCAUGCAUACAGUCUCUCUGGACAAGUAGACAAGGGGAAGCUAGCUUUUUCUAGCAUUUCUGAGGAUUAUCAUAUUAUACCAAGUCUAGAACAUUAUUCAGCUAUGGUAGAUUUAUAUGGCCGCUCAGGUAGACUUGGAGAUGCAAUGGAGUUCAUUGAAGAUAUGCCUAUCGAACCGGACUCUUCUAUUUGGGUUGCUUUACUUACGGCAUGUAGGAUUCAUAGGAACAUAGGCUUAAUAUUGCAUGCUGGGAACCGUAUACUUGAGUUAGAAUCAGGGAAUUAUUUGAUUUAUCGCCUAUUACUACAGGCAUAUGCUAUAUCUGGUAAGUCCGAUGAUGCUUAUGCUUCAAAACUGAGAAAGCUUGAAAAAGAGAAUGGAAGAAAUAGAUUUGUGGGUCAAUGCUGGAUUGCAGUAAAGAACAGAGUCUAUUCAUUUGAUGCAGGUGAUCGGUCUAAACCAGAUCUAUAUCCUUGGAUACAAAACGUAGCAGCAAAAGUAAGGAAACCCAAUUCUUAUGAUGAUUUCGCCAUUGAGGAAGAAGAGAAGGAAGAUGUGAGUGGUAUCCAUAGUGAAAAGCUUGCAAUUGCAUUUGCCCUUGUUGGCUUCUCAUCUAAGCCCCGAACUAUACGGAUGGUUAAAAACCUGAGAAUGUGUGGAGAUUGCCAUAAGACAGCCAAGUAUAUCUCUGUGGCAUAUGGGUGCGAAAUUUAUCUGAAAGACUCCAAAUGCUUACAUUAUUUUAGUAAUGGGCAUUGUUCUUGUGGAGAUUAUUGGCUUCCAUUCUUGUUCUUUCAACCCUUUCCGUUGUUAGUGGAAACCAGAAUUAGCUUCUUCCACACGAGGGUUGAAAUCUUUGUUUUCUGUGGACAUAAAGAAACACCCUUUUUGGCUUCUCAUAAAUCCCCCACAUUUCUUCCCGUUCUCAGCACACUCAACACUACUCCUUCACAGGUGACCACUCAGAUUCAGACUCAGACUCAGGCUCCUUCACCACUUUUGACCACUAUUCCAAAGAUGGACAAAUUGCUUUCGCAGACUUUUCAUGAUUCAGCCAAGAAACCUGUAACCGUUGGACCGUGGGGAGGCGACGAUGGUGUUGCCUGGGAUGACGGAAUUCAUUCAUCGGUGAAGCAGGUGGUGAUAACUUAUGGAACGGCCAUUGAUUCCAUUCAGUUUGAAUAUGACGAUAAUGGAAACUCCAUUUGGUCAGAGAAGCAUGGUGGACGUGGAGGUUACAUAACAGACAAGGUUAAUCUUGAUUGCCCAAAUGAAUUCUUGACCUCAAUUCAAGGUUAUUAUGGUAGAAUAAUUGCAUGGGGGCCUGUUUUACUUCGAUCUCUCACGUUUAAAAGCAACAAGAAAACAUAUGGGCCAUUUGGCAAUGACGAAGGAACAAGUUUUUCACACACAAUGAAUGGAGGAAAGAUUGUUGGGUUUCAUGGCAGGUCUGGUUGGUAUGUUGAUUCAAUCGGGGUUCAUCUAUUGCCUCGUCAGCAACAGAACUCCUCCAGACCUCUGGUACAUACACAGAGUCGAUGCAUCUCUACGGGAACUGAUAACGUUGGAUUCUCAGUAAUACAAGGUAAUAUAGGCCAAAGCUAUGAUAUAAUUCUUGCUGUCAAACAGAGGGAAGAUGUAAGUUCUAAGCCUCUAUCACUCAAGUCAAACAAAAAUAUUAAGCUCUCAAAGCAGUUCUCUAAUGAUUCUGAUCAAGACUCUAGCAAUAGUAGCAGUAGUGAUGAAGAAACCAAAGAGAAGAAAAGGGCAACAACCAAGACUCCUGCUGCCCAAAAAAUGCCUACUGUGUCAAAAGUUCCCUCCAUGGUUGAUGGUGUGGUAACAUAUGGUCCCUGGGGUGGUUCGGGUGGUUAUGCAUUUGAUGAUGGAACUUAUACAGGCAUCAAACAGAUAAACGUUUCUCGCAACAUAGGAAUCGUAUACGUCAAAGUUUUCUAUGAUAAAAAUGGAGAAGCUGUACCAGCAAUCAGACAUGGUGGAACAGGAGGAUUCAAAAAUGACAAGAUAAUCUUCGACUAUCCAAAUGAAAUUUUAACCCAUAUAACAGGCUCAUAUGGACCUGCAAUGUACAUGGGGCCUAAUGUCAUCAAGUCACUCACUUUCCAUACCAAUAUCAGAACGGUUGGCCCAUUUGGUGAUGAACAAGGAAACUCUUUUAGCUCCAAACUGAAAGAAGGGAAAAUUGUUGGAUUUCAUGGGAAAAGUGGUUUGUUUUUAGAUGCUAUUGGUGUGCAUGUAAUAGAAGGGAAAGUACCUGUGCCUGUCAGAAAUCCUACUUCUAGUGCAAUUGUUCCUGUGGGUAAUCCUCCUUCUAAUGCAAUCUUUCCUGUGGCUAAUCAUCCUUCUAAUGCAAUCGUUCCCAUGUCUAAUCCUCCUUCUAAAGCAAUUGUCCCUUUGGGUAAGCAACCUGCUAUUUCUGAGAUUGACCAUCCUCAAUGGCCUAAUAAACUAGUUUUGGCAAAGCGAGGACCGGUUGAAGAGGUUGCUUGUGGAGUAGUGAAAGAACCAGCUCCAUGUGGGCCAGGACCAUGGGGUGGGGAUGGAGGGAGACCAUGGGAUGAUGGGGUAUUUACUGGGAUUAAGCAGAUUUAUUUGACAAGAGGACCAGAAGCCAUUCACUCAAUCCAGAUUGAGUAUGAUCGAAAUGGACAAUCAGUUUGGUCUGUUAAGCAUGGUGGAAGUGGAGGAAAUAUAAUGCACAGAGUGAAAUUGGAAUUUCCACAUGAGGUGCUCAUUUGCAUAUCCGGUUACUAUGGUAGUAUUGACAGAGAUGAGAGGCCUAAAGUUAUAAAGUCACUAACAUUUUAUACGAGUCGAGGGAAAUAUGGUCCGUUUGGUGAAGAAGUCGGAACAUUUUUCACUUCUACCACAACAGAGGGCAAAGCGGUUGGAUUCCAUGGAAGGAGCAGCUUGUAUUUGGACGCCAUUGGAAUUCAUAUGCAACACUGGCUUGGUAAUCAGAAAACCACAAAGUCUUCCCUCUUCAGAAGAUUUUGAUUUUGGCAUUUUGGGACCAAAGUAAGCUAUCACGUAAUAACGAUACAAAAAGUAUAGUACGAACUUUUAGAGGAAGUAAAAUAAUGCUCCGGUUGUUUCCUCUUUGGGUUGGAGGAGAGAGAAAAAGGAGAAAAUUUGGGAUUCAAUAAUGGUCUAUAUGAUAAAUGAGCCCAGUACUUGCUUGAUUCGAGGCUAGAGCCUUGCCUGUAUACGAUAAUUAAGAUUCUUGUUAAUGAUUCCUAGUUCAGAUUGAGUCUAAUUAUUCUAAUACUCUUCGGCUCUUUGCUAUC